AUGUCAACCACACCCCCUUCCAAACGCGCAAAGACGCAUGGCAUUCCUCAGAAAUCCGAACCAAAGGCUCAAAAGGAGCCAAACCCAUCCGGAAGCAGCUCUGCAAAGAAUGAGACUUCAAGGAAGCGCGCUGCAGCCUUGCAGUAUCAGGUGACAAAGUGGGCACCGGGGAACCCACUCAACGACAUGUCAAGGCUGGCCGAAUCGUCAGUUGCUGGAUACCUUGGCUAUACCGACACCAUCCACUUACGCCACCUGAAAUGGUCAUGGCCUGUAAUGAAGGGAGCAAUGGUAUUCGAAACCACUCUGAAGAACAAGCUACAGACCAAUGCAACUUCCAUAUUGGAGGCUUCAAUCGACGAUGCUGAUGCAUAUGAAUUUGAGGCCAAUAUCGACACUCUUAUUUCAGCUUUCGAUGCUCGAACCGAAGAGGACAACGCAGAUACGGAGAACACAACCCGAGCACUUACACUGCUAUUUGCUGGGAUUAUACACCACGUUGCCAAUGCCCUUGAAGAUAUGGACCUAUUGACCCAUGACGACCCUGAGCUAAAGGCGCAGUUUACCAAUCUACGCGUUCAUCAGUCAGGUGUGAAGGGGUUCUUUGUCCCAGCAUUCGACAUGAAGGCAGUGCUUGCCCCUACACUUGGCCCGCUUGUUUUACAUAGCGAGCAUGCCAUGGAGCGGUAUUCAAGAGCUUAUACGUGUAUUCGCUACCUACUUUAUCAUACUACAACGUCGAAGUUUGCUACGAUCAAAGGCAAACUUACAAAGGGCACCUAUUUCGAAUCUGGAAGUGUACUUCAAGACAGGCUCCCAUCUUGGAUGGGCAGUGAUACUGUGGUUGAGAUUCCUGGAGCGACUUCCAUCAUUGGUCUUAUGAACCAAGACAAGCACAUCCCACUCCAGGUUACCCUCCAGUUUGUCCAUGAGGAGGGAACAGACGAUAAUGUGGAUCUUCUGCGUCAUAUGAAUUCAUACCUGAAGCGAAAGAAGAUCCGAUUGUUGAAGGACAGCGUUGACUACAAGCAUGAGAUUCGAGACUUCGAGAUCGCACCCCAGUGGCGUGAUCACCUACGCCAUGAGCUUCUGCUCCCGCGGCUCAGAUGCGACUUCAGCACCCUUACCUUGGUCUCAACUACUCUUCCUGAUACAGACUGCGGCCCUGUACAUGUUCCAGAGGAGGGCUCAUGGAUCAUCUACGACAAUGACAAUCCUGAUGUUGUUAUACCAUGGACUGAUGUGCUCGACAUCCUUCAAUCUGGUACCUGUUUCCGCAUCGGCUAUUCCCUCAAAGUUGUUGAUGCAGAUGAGGAUGGGCCGUAUCCUUAUGAGUUCGAUGGGGGCCCUAUCCAGGUUUGUAGCAUCAACGAGAGCACAAUAGCUACAGUCAAUAACGCAUCUACUGGAGAGACUACUACCGGAGAAGAUUUUACAGCCGUUAAGGCCCUAAACUUGGCUGGCCUGCCUUCAAUUGUUCAGCAAGAGAUUCAGAGUGGAAUGGCUGCUGCCACUUCUACAACUCUAAAUGCAGACCUUCCAGUAACAAGCGAGGAUGCAACAAGUAUGGAAGACUUUUAUAAGAUGCAAAAGCUCUUCAUGGGGGAUGAGUCCCAGACAGGCCCUCCUCUCGAUGCCUGCCUUAUAAUCGCAGACGCUCAUUUCGACACAUGGCAUGAUAAGGAGCACACUCUUGCCAAAUAUGUUCUACGGUCACUCCCAACAGUACAAAUCCGGCCUCUUGGCCACCAGGUUACCGGGUUCUUGUGGAUGAUCCUCAAAGCUUACGGUUAUACACACGCUCCAACAAAGGAAGGGCAACUUCAAGCCGACGAACUUCAAACAGCUCGCACAUAUGGCGGGGUACUUGUCGAUAAUAUGGGCUUGGGGAAAACCUACACCUCAUGUUUGUAUCUCGAGUGGGUCAUCCAGUUCUUUACACCAGAGACGCCAGGUAAUUACAGACCGCACUUGAUAUUGGCGCCAGCUGGGCCGGUGAUAGAGCAAUGGAGGCUCGACAUAACAAAGAACUUCAAGGGAAUCAACCUGAUCCUUGCAUACGGGGACUCGCCACCAGACGGAGCUUCCUCAUUACGGUGGAUUUCAUCCAAGGCAAUGCGAAGCCACCCCCAUAGUCCGAAGAAGUUUCCGGCCGGUCUCCGUUUUAUAUUUGACCAAAACAACCGAAUGGCUGCCAAGACAGUAAUCCUUACGUCUUAUGACACGCUUGCCGCUCGAACACUUCAGAAACCGCGUCGACAGCCUGGCGAUACUACCCAGUUUAAGCCGUCAGAAUGGAUUGGAAGAUGGAAGGGUGUCUUUCACACCGUUAUUAUGGAUGAAGGCCACAAAGUGCGAAAUCCUCUAACUAACAUCCAUGUGGCAGUUGCAAGGUUGAACGCGCGGCAUCAUUGGUUUAUUACUGGUACACCAAUUCAGAAUCAGAGCUCUGAUAUUCUUGGACCUCUCAACAUUCUAUGGCCUCAGAUAUCAAAGUCCCUCUCUUCGACAGAGGAGAGAUCUACAUGGGUAGAUUCACUCAACGGCAAUUACAAGGACUUCGAGCUCCUACUUCUGCCAGAUGUACUGCACACGUCGUGGAAGAACCUCAUCGCUACAGACCCUUAUCGUGUCCGAACACUUAUCAACAGUAAGGACAAGACAACUAUAAACAAGUUGUACAGAUGCUUGGAGCAAUUGCUUCUCCUUCAUCGGUCAACUGCAACAUCAAUCCCUACGGACUGCCACGGAGGACGUUUGUCGCUGAAGAAUCUGAUGCCGCCGUACGAAAUUACCCCUGUCCAGCUCCGAAUGAACUCAGCUGAAGCUGCUGAGUACCAGAUGUUUCAUCAGUCCUUUGUAAAGGAUUACGAAGAAGGUCUUGCGCUGUGGACAGAACAGAAACAGAGCCGUAUUGAUCCAUCGUCAGAGAUCAAGAGCUUUCCUUGUGUGACUGGCCCAUUGAGGAAGAUGACAGUUAAUGCAGUUUCGACUAUGCUAAGUCGAUUUCACGACACCCUGGAGAAUACAACGGGCUUUACAGGUUUACAACUGGCGCACGCUACUCUGCGAGCUGGCGAUCGGUUAAUCAAGGACGCUACUGACCUUCUUCGCCACCUUACCUUUGGUAGUCCGAAGCUGCGCUGGAUUUUGAAGGAUGUGACAGAUCAUUGUCUCAAACAGAAACCAGACGGAGGACGGAGCAAACUGUUGUGUUCCGAGGACAUCCCAGUGUCAGCAUGGUUUAUCGAGACAGUUCUGAAGUCAGUAUACAUUCGGGCAGAGGUUCUGCAUGCUGGCCUUACCGAUGCCCAGCGCAUUGCGCUUAUUCAGGAGUUCAACAACCCCCACUCCAACCUUACGGUCUUGAUUAUGAUGUACCAGGUCUCCUCGCAAGGCGCUAACCUGGAUGGAGCAUGUCAUCGUGUGUGCUCGAUUACCACAGCUAUCAACCUGCCAUCAGAGUUGCAGGUACACUAUCGACCUAUCAGAGUGUCUCAAAAGGAAAAGGUUACAAUUGUGAGGCUCUCGGUUGUGAAUUCUCAUGAUGCCUGGCGCGAAACCAAACAGAUCGACAAGAGCAUUAUAGAUGUAUUGACCAAGCUCCAAUCACCUAUGUCAUUCCAGGCUAUUGCAGACGCAUUGAUUAGCAGUCGGGAUGAAGUGUUGGCUGCACACAAUUCCAAAGAGGGCCGAAAGGCGUUGUGUGGCCGAAAGAUCCUACCAUUGAAGCUUCGCGCUUGGGGCGAGGUUUCUAUUCCUAAGGAUCCUAAUUUGGUUUCACCAGAAGAGGAAGCCUUGCCAGCGGGUCGGAACAUGCGAAAGCGGAAGCGUGUCCUACAAGAGCUUGAGAAUACCGAUGAUGAAGUUGACGACCUAUCUCAUCAACUUGAAUCUGCUGAUCCAACCUAUUCUCCUGCGAAAUACGACACUGAUAACGAUUCCAACCACAGUAAUGCGGUCUCUGACAACAGCGACGAGGGGGAGGGUAUUACACCAGACAAAUACAUUUCGGACUUCAGGAAGGCCUGGGUAAAGUUGUCGCCAGAGGAUAAAGCCCUUUAUGAUCAAGACGAACUUGACUUCCUUGUUCUCCUAAGCAUGGAUCCAGAUCAUCUAUAUACGGGUCAAGAGAUUCAAGAGUCUCUUGACUCCGCCAUCACUGAACGAGGCCUGCGACUCGUUAUUGCCCACCGUUCUGGACAAACUAGGACUGGCAUGAAGGUGUCACCCCACAUCAAGUACAAUGCUCUACUCAAUCGCAACGAAGAGGAUGACGGGCCGUUUUCUGCCCCAGUGUACUGCACUGCUACCGACAAGGAUCGGAGUGCUGCACUCCGUCGGUUUGUAAGGGGCGAAGCUGCUACAGCAACUCCUAUUACAGCGUUGGUAGAGGAGGUUGGUGCUGCAACCAUUGGUGACCCUGCAGCCAGCUCUGAACAUGUACAAGAGCUUGCUCUACCAGAACUGAUUCUUCCGUUGGACCCUCCGGUUGUCCAUACCGAAGGAAAAGUCAGUGGGGAUACCACGGAUAUUGAUACCCAUCUUUCCUCUAACAGCCCUUUGAGCGCUUGCCAAACCCCUUCAGGCAUCCUAUUGGACUCUGCUAGCAGGGUCAAAAAAAAACGGCCUCCGCCGGUAAGGCACGCGCCGUUCAAUUCCUACUACCGGCAACACGAACCUACCUGCCUCGCUGACACGCGCGUCGACCUUCUACAAGAGAUAUAUGAGUGGGCUGAUGGAAAAGAUGGACAAGAUGAGCGAUGCAUCUUCUGGCUGAAUGGCCUGGCUGGGACGGGAAAGUCAACAAUCUCCCGCACCGUCGCCCGCAGAUACAAUGAGCAGAAGCGUCUUGGAGCCAGCUUCUUCUUCUCAAAGGCUGGCGGAGACGUGAGCCACGCCGGCAAGUUCUUUACAAGUCUAGCGGUGCAACUUGCAAAAACUAUACCUUCUCUUCAAAAGCAUAUCUGUGAUGCUAUCGUGGAGCGGAGUGAUAUUGCAAACCUGUCCCUCUUAGACCAGUGGCGCCAGCUUGUUCUCGGUCCCCUAUCAGAGCUAACGAAAUCUCACCAGUCAUACGUUCUCGUUGUUGAUGCGCUCGACGAAUGUGAGGGUGAUAACAAUGUCCGGAAAAUUCUAGAGCUCUUAGCUGAGGCUCGCUCACUGAAGAUGGUACGACUUCGAGUCUUUCUUACCAGCAGACCCGAAAUUCCAAUCCGACACGGUAUACACCGUAUCCCACAAGCCGACCACCAUGACUUCAUACUCCAAAAUAUACCGCCGGCAAUUAUCAACCAUGAUAUCUCUCUGUUCCUGGAAUAUACCCUAAGGAAAAUCAGGCAGGAUUGGAGUCUUGGAGCAGACUGGCCAGGCGAAGUGGUUCUACUUGUGGUCUCUUCAUUUGGGUGGCAACAGCAUGUCGGUUUAUUAGUGAAGGGAGGCGAUUCGCACGCAAGAGACUGGAUACAAUUCUCAAAAGCAGCAGUAGCACUAUUACUGCGCCAGAGAAGCAUCUCGACGAGAUCUACCUUGCUGUCCUCAAGCAAUCGAUAUCUUCAGAAUAUUCAGAUGAAGAGAAAGAAGAG